CAUGAUCAGCGCAGAAGCCUCGGAACCAGGCGUCCGGGGACCGCAGAAGGGGAGAUCAAAGGCGAGAGACAGAAGAUUCUCAAUCUCUCUUCCAACCCAAGAAAAGAGAGUCUUGGUGUCCCCAGAUCCCAGCUCUCCUAGGGAAGAGGAGGGGACACCACUGCUCCCCAGAACCCGCCUCCAGGCAGGGUCACGCCAGCACAGGCGCCAGGCUCUCACUGAGCCGGCAGCCCUGCCCCCCGCCAAGGCGGCCCCUCCCGGGACCCUGGGAGACACCCCAUUGCUGCUGGAGCUGCAGAAGCUGCCGGGAUUGGCCAACACUGACUUGAGUGCCCCAAACCCCAAUAUCCAGGUGACCAUCGAGGUGGUCGAGGACCCCCAGACCGAGGUGGAGAUGGACCUGUUGGCCGAGCCCAGCAAUCGCUGGCCCCAGGGUGCCCCCAGCUGGCUGCCCACCAAGGAGCUCUUCUGGCCCCUCUUCUGGGGCUAUGUGGAGGGCGAGGAAGGGGCGACCGGUCUCAAGGGCAGAGCCCCAGGGGAAGAUGAGGAGGAAGAGGAGGAGGAGGCGGAGGCCGAGGAGGAGGAGGCGGAGGCGGAGGGUUACGCUGCAGAGUACGGCGAGAGUGAGGACCAGGAGGGCAACGAUGGUGAAGAGGACGAGCCCCCUGGGUUUAGUGGGGCCGCAGGCAGCUGGGAGCAGGGCUGGCUGGCCCCCGGAGACUGGGUCUUCAAGGAGUCAGACAGCUACGACUAUGAGCUUCCAGAGGAGUGGAGCCCCUGGUCUCCCUGCAGCGGGAGCUGUGGCCGCGGCAGCCAGCGGAGGACUCGGCCCUGUGGCUACGCCUGCAGUGCCACCGAGUCCCGUGCCUGUGACCUGCCCCCUGUCCUGGGCACCAAGGACAAGGACCCCUUGGGCUUCCCCACUGGGGGGCAGCCCCUGGCUCACAAUGCUACAGAUAUGCUUAGUCCACAUGUGGACAGCUGUGAGAAGUGGCUGAACUGCAAGAGCGACUUCCUAGCCGAGUACCUGAGCCAGGUGCUGCGGGACCUGCCCAGCUGCCCGUGCGCGUACCCGCCGGAGGCCGGGCGCAGCGCCGUGAGCCUGCGGGACGAGCGCCGGGGCCGCAGCUUCCGCUGGAGGGACGCGAGCGGGCCGCGGGAGCGCCUGGACGUCUACCAGCCCUCGGCGCGCUUCUGCCUGCGCUCCCUGCCGUCCGCCGAGAGCAGCACCCUGGCCGCCCAGCACUGCUGCUACGACGCGGGCAGCCGGCUGCUGACCCGCGGCAAGGGCGCCGGCGCCCCCGACCUCGUGAGCACCGACUUCUCGCCCGAGCUGCACUUCAAGGUGGACACGCUGCCCUGGAUCCUGUGUAAGGGGGACUGGCGUCGCUACCACGCCGUGCGGCCCCCCAACAACGGCCGCGCCUGCGCCGACAACCCCCCGGAGGAGGAGUACCUGGCCCAGUUGCAGGAGGCCAAGGAGUACUAGUGAGGGCGCUGCGGUGCUGGAACUCUCCUUGCGGGCCCCUCCCCGCCCCUGCCCAGACUGGCUGAGCGCGAGGGCUACCCCGCUGAGGCUGGGCUGGGGCCGCGCGCCCUCUGCCUGUGGACUGGAGGCAGGUCAGCAGCCCAGGUGUCUUGUCGGGUUGGGGAGAAGGUUGAAGGGUUUACAGAACCCAGGGGAGGGGGAGGGAGCUCAGCCCCAAAGUCCCUGGGGGUGCGGGGGAAAUGUGUGUCUAUGGGGCUUCCCUCACCUGCCUGCUGGAGGCGCUGUCCCUGCCUGGCCACCCUUUUCCUUUUAGGCUAUUCUGCCCUUGCUCUGCACACGUGUGUAAGCUGGGCUCUCCACACACAUCCUGAUUCCCGGGACCUGCGCCGAAUCACUCACCCCCGGCCCUGAGGACCAGUCCUUUCGUCUGGCCCCACAGCUGCCCUUAGUCAGGCUGACAUCCAGCCCUGGGUGGCCAGCCCUCCUUAUCUCUGGGGGUUGCACGUGGCUCUCUUGCCCCAGCCCUGCUGGGAGCACUGCAUAGGAGGGUUUUUCUCAGCUCCAAGCUGCCUUUGGGUGGACCCCACUUUAGUCUAGGGCUGAAGGCCAUCACUGGACAGGCAGGCUGAGGCAGGCUCCGGAUGGGGAAUGGAUCACCCAGUUCAGGUCCCUUUUUUGUCCAGUCCACCUCUGUUCUGUCCAGAUUGUAAGAAUGUACGGAGCGGGGAGAUGGCACUGCCCCAAAUUGGCACAACAGCCAGGCUUGGGGUGGGCUCAGCACCAGCUCAGGAGGAUGUGUCAUGCUCCUGUGGUGAGCUGGUAAACCAGUUCUGUGGGCAGAGCCUGAUUUGUGGCAUUUGGGCAAUUUCUGUGGUGUACAUACUCCACCGUCACCCACUUCAGGCUCCCAACGUGGUGUCGCUGAAUGCCCUGAGCUCAGAAUUGGGAAGAGAUGCACAUAAUCGGCUCUCCCAGCACACCUGGUGCCUCUUCCCUGCCCUCCCUCGCACCCCGAACCACCCUCCCUUGCCUUCUAUGGGGCUGAAAUGCUGAAGUCCAACGGUCCCUGUUCAUAAAACCCUCUGAAAGGUCGAGGACUUGAGCUGUCCUGAAGCUCU